AAAAAGAAAAAGUUGAGAUUCAUAAUGGAAGGAGUGAAGUCCUUUUAUUUGCCCCAAUUUCAAAAUCUGCAUAGCAUGUAAACCCUAAUCGCUUGCGAACCUUUGCAUUUCGCAAAUAUGGCUCCAAUGCUCCAUUGGUGAAGCCACUGUGUUGGCGAAUAUACUCUUCAUUGAUCUGCACACGAGUUUCUCAGUUUCGGUACAUGUCCCUACCUUUCUGGUGAGUUGGUACAUAAGAGAGUGGGGAGUGUUUUGUGGAAUUUUGUAGGUGAGUAUUGCUGCUCACAGAUAACACAGAACAGUCCAUACCUGCCCUGGUAGAGUUAUUAUUAACAGCUAUUAGGGUAAAAUGGAGGCAGAGGUAGUGGAGGCAGAGCUUGUGUUGCCAAGCUAUCUCAGUUUUAAGAGAGUUCAAAUGUAUGAGAAAUAUCCAAAGGGACAAGCCAGAGGCAGGCACUGGAAACAUCUUAAGCAGAUUAUUCAAGCUGAGAAUUAUCAGAAUUACCCUCCCGAUGAACCCAAUUAUGUCAAUAUUGAGUCUCCACCAUCUAUGCAUCCAUGCAAGAGAAUUUGCGAUAUUACAGGCUUUGAGGCACCUUACUAUGAUCCCAGGACUAAUCUUCGAUAUGCAAAUGCUGAUGUUUUCAAGAUCAUUAGAUCGCUUCCUAACGAGUAUGUUCAAAGAUACCUCGCUCUAAGGAAUGCAGCAAUCGUUCUUAAGUAGUCCAGUCACUUUCCUGACUUUGGAGAGACACUUUAUUCCUAUUCCUUUAUGUUUUCUUUAAUCAAUUUUUGAAUGAAAUGUUUUUGAAUGUGAAUUAGUUUUACUCUAUGAUAUUCUUAACUCGUCUAGUGUCAAUCUGCCACCAACUUUGUCUUGUCUGACAAUUAGUUAAUUGCAAGAUUUGUGUUGAUAAAUAACAUUGCCGGUUGCUAAUCAA